AUGGCGGGGCGAGGGGCAGGCGCAGGAGCGGGAGCAAGGGGGACGGGGGGAGCGGGGGGAGCGGGCAUCAACAUAGCGGCGGCGACGGCGGCAGUGGAGGUGGAUAAUAACCUGCCCGUCACGCGCUACUUCCGCCUCGCGCACAACCUCAAACGCGCGGCAGACGUGUAUCGCGGCGAGGGGGAUGUGCUGCAGCUUUAUGUCUUCCUCGUGCGAUUCAUCAGCAUGGUGCUGUCAACCAUGCCGCAGCAUCGUGAUGCUAAGGCGCCCCAGCACGCUAAAGAAAUCGCCACGCUCAACAAGCAAGCGAUCGCAGCACUGGAGGAGUGCGAGCAGCUGAAGCCACAGGUGUCGCGACUGCAGCAAGGGGGCAGGGGCCACGAUGACAGCAGCAACGCAGACGCCCAGUCAGACGGGGACGCAGCGGCUGUGCGCGCAGCAGCGGAGGAGGGCGCUGUGCCUGUGUACUACCCCACCUCGUCUUCCAUGGGCCUGCCCGCUGCUGCUCCGGCCCAAGCAGCAGUGGCAGCAGCAGCCACGGCUGAUUUGUUUGCUGGGGCGUGGUGGACGGGUGGCGGAGCAGCGGCAGGAGCAGCAACAGUAGCAGUGGAUCCUAUGGAAGCGUGGAGCCAGUCCGUGGGUCUAUCUGCAUCGGAGCAGCAGCGCCUGCUCACUGCCUCCGCCCCCUCUGCACCUCCCCUGGACCUGCUCUCGGGUGUCUCCUCGCUCUCCCUCACUCCCCAACCCUCCGCCUAUUCUCCUGCUCCAUAUUCCGCCACUCCCUCCGCGGCUCAGCCUGGCAGUCAUCACCUCAGUCUGCCAGCGCCUCGCACCGAGACCCUCUCACGGCACUCCCUAGUCUCCAUGCCCGCACCCCAUGCACCCUCGCACCUGCAAUCGCAGCCCGCGCAACACCACCACCCGUCAUCCUUACAUGUGGCCUACCCGAGCCACAUCGACUCAUCACCCAUUCAACUGCCAGACAUUCUCAAGCACGGCACUGCAUACCGGGCUGAGCAAGCAGCUGCACAGGCUGCCUCUGCUGCUGCAGCGGCCGCAGGGGGGGGAGGAGGGGGAGGAGGAGGAGGAGCAUACGGGGGGCAAUACGGAGGGCAGUAUGGGGGGGGAUACGGAGGGGCAGCAGGGGCGGUGAGCCAUGCAGGAUAUGGGUACGAGGGUGCUGGGAGCAUGGGUCUGCCUGUGGCAGCGCCCCUGCACCAGCCGUACCCCCCUCCCAUGGAGGCUCCCUUGCAAGUGGUUUCGCAGUCUCUCUCGCCCCUUGCCAUCCAACACGCACCAGCGCAUGGGCACGGGCACGGGCACGGGCACGGGCAUGGGGGGCAGAUGGAGCAGCGGCAGCCGCACCCGUCUGCUGUGGCGGAUCCGAGGCCAGGGAAGGGCGGUGAAAAGAAGGGCAUCAAGGGCGUGCACAUUUCAACGCGCAUGAUGGACGAUUUCAUGCGCAUAGUGCGCCACAACACCUCCCGCAACCUCGAGACCUGCGCCGUGCUUGGAGGCGUGCUCAAGAAGGGGCUGUUCUUCAUCAAGGCGCUCAUCCUGCCCAAGCAGGAGUCCACCUCUGACUCCUGUUCCACGUUGAACGAGGAGGAGAUAUUUGAGGCGCAGGACAAGAGAGGGCUUUUCCAGCUCGGCUGGAUCCAUACGCACCCCUCACAGGCGUGUUUCAUGUCAUCCAUCGACCUGCACACACACUACUCCUACCAGGUGAUGCUCCCAGAAGCCAUAGCCAUAGUCAUGGCUCCCAAGGACCCAUCCCGCCCAUUCGGCAUAUUCCAGCUGUCGCAGCCAGGGGGGGUGAAGGUGAUACAGAACUGCCAGCAGAGGGGUUUCCAUACACACGAGGCGCCGGCAGAUGGCUCCCCGCUCUACUCGCACUCCUCGCACGUCUUCUUCAACCCCCGCAUUGAGUACGAGGUGCUGGACCUGCGCUGA